AUGGGCCCACCUCGAGGUUCGGGAAUUGACGGUUGGAUGUGGACUUUGGAAAGUAAUGGGAAUUUCUCCACCAAAUCAGCCUACGUGGCCCAGGCCAUGGAGAGAACUCCUCAGAGUAAUGUCGCCCCUGCUCUUUGGAAUAAGCUUUGGAAUAGUAACAUAAUGGAGCGACAUAAGGUUCUUUGGUGGUGUAUUCUUUCCCAAGCUCUCCCGGUUCGUGCAGUGAUUAAAAGAAGAUUUCAGAUUGAAGACACAAGAUGUCCGUUGUGUGGUUUGGGCGAUGAAACUAUGGAACAUCUGUUUCUUACCUGUGAUGUAGCGAUGCAUUUAUGGCGGUCCUCCCCCUGGGGGAUUUUCCCUGUGGGUGACACUGGUAUUAGAGUCUGGGAUUGGGUGAAGUUUAUUUGGAGCCUUAAUAAUAGGGGGCUCCGCGUAGAGGAAGUGUUCCUUUAUGCCUCGAUAGUUGUGGACAAUAUAUGGAGAAUGCGCAAUGACGUGGUACAUAACAACUGUUCCCCUAAUAUUCAUAAUUGUAUUGACCUUAUUUGCUCUUCUUAUGCAGAGACACAUUCUUCUCUCUUGCCUAGUCCUUCGCCUCCCGGGAAGGACAUCUGGACGCCUCCACCUCUGGAUUGGAUAAAGUUAAAUUGUGAUGUUCGUGUGGGCUUGGAGAGUAUGUGCACAGCUGUUGUUGCGAGGAAUCACCUGGGGAGGGUGAUUGCUAUUCACACAUCCCGAUUGGACUUCUCGGAAGCUCUGGUAGGAGAAGCGGCGGCCUGUUGCCUGGCGGUAUCAGUAGCUCUAGAUUUAAAACUUAAUUAUGUUAUUGUGGAGAGUGACUCGAGGCUAGUUAUCAACGCUCUCAAUGGGAAGGCGUCCCACUGGGCUCUUGAGAACUAUGUCUCCUUUUGUUCUAAGUCUUCUCCUUCUUUCAUGUGUUGUACUUUUUCUAAUAUUAGUAGAAACUGUAAUUUUGCGGCUCACAAUGUCGCUAAGUGGGCUUUUACCCACCAGGUUUAUGGAUCGAUCCCGAUCAGUUCUGUUCCGGUAAACAUUUUAUGUAAUGACCAUGAGGUCUAG